ACUUACCACAAAGCUUCACACUGCAGAAAGCCUUCACACUGUAGUGCUGGCAUCUAGGUUGUGGUUGAUGUCUACCUACAUUUCUUGUAUAAUCCGCUAAAUGAUAUAUUAUCCAGUCCAUCUGUCAACAUAUUUUCAGGUGGGUUGUUUCCUUCUAUCCUACCCACCUCCUGUGAAUAAGAGAUCAAGGACACCACGAUGAAACUCUCGUCUUUAUUGUCGCCACUUCGACUCCUGCUGUGGUCACUCUCGUUUCAUCGGCUGAUGAUCUUCACCGUCAACGUCAACGCGAUGGAUCCAACACCGCGACAAAGAAAGCAGAACGCAUGUGAGCGUUCGUGCUCCUUAUUGCAAAGAGAUCUCGCUUAUGCAGCUUCGUUGCCACACCAACGCUCCCGUGAAUAUGAGGAUGACUGUAUGGGCGCCAGCGUUGGCGCAACGGAGGGCUUGUUCUUAUGCAACAUUGAAGCAUUUCGAUUUCACUUUUACAACAAGCUCCUUGUGCUUGUUCCAUCUCGACUUCGUUGUAUACAUUACUAUUUAGGCUUAUCCCAUGCAACAAUUACCCCUUAUUUAGGCUUAUCCCUUAGUUUUCUUCACCUCCACACUCUUAGGCUUAUCCCAUGCAACAAUUACUAUUUGUUUCUCCACUCGAAAUCGAAAAUAUAUUAUAUAUAAAUAUUGCUCCUGUAGAACAAGAGUGAAUUGGAGAGUGAAUUGUUUCUUCAAGAACCUCUAAUGUUCCGUUUAGUAAUCGCCAUUCCAAGGUUUUUUUCCGACUUGACAUUGGGUGCAGCGGCUUCCUUUACGACGCCGACGUUUCGUAGAAGAUAUGGCUUCGAUCAAUGUUUUGGGAGGACUUGCGCCUAGGGGGUUGGGGUGCAGUAGACAUGGCUGAGUUAUAGACCAGUAGAGGACAAACACAAAGAGCGCCCUAUUCAUACAUUUAUUAGACAAUCCGACACUGCGACAAAUAUGAAUGCUAUUUACUAAAUGAUUUGGGGGGAUCAGUUUUUUUAGGAGUAGUUACUCCUUUUGCAUCUUGACGAUGAAUGUCACGUCUUCCUGCUUCGUUGUGAUGCAUCUGAUGUCUGCCAGCACAAGCAACACCUAGUUGUGAUGAGUGACCAUCCUCACGACCAUGGCUAAAAUUUUUGUAACUACGUUGAGAUGAGAGACUCAACUUCCUAGUAUCCCUACCCGGUUGAGAAUACAGCUGUCGUGAAGAAAACUGCAAAUCGCCUGCACAGGAUGCCAUAUUGAUCGGGACUUUCUCCUUUACCUUUUCCUAGUAUAACUCGGGGGAAAAACUCACACUUCUUCGUGCCAGCCUUGGGCACUAGACGGGGCCUUUCGUGCAUGCCCAAUCGAUCAAAAA